AUGCAAGAAGAAACGUUAUUGUUUCUUUGUAGUAGAAUUGCAAAAGAUAUUAAUAUCUUGAUAGAAAGUUUACCGAGUGAAGAGUCAUCACAAGAACUACAAGUUGCAAGCCUUAGUCGUCUUGAACAAGAAAACCAAGAAGCUGGCGAACAACUAGAGGAAGUUGUAAAACAAGGAGAAGCACUUUUGCAAAGGAUUCAAGCUGCUCUGCAAAAGAUUGCUCAAAGUCAAUUAGAUAUGCAAGAUCCAGCAUCUACGUCUAUAAUUAAUAUUAAUCUUAACACUAACUCAACUUUUAAAGAAGAAAAUGUAAGCUCUGUAAAUACUGUAUCUUCGAAUAGCACACAUCAAUUGUCAGAUCCUUCACCUAAUUCUGUAAAUCAAUGAUAUAUUUGUACUAUAAUUUGAUUUUUUGACAAAUUUAUAAAGGAAAUAAAUUUUUCUAAUAGUGUAAACGUCGUCAAAAUAUUAAAAUUAUUAAAUAAAUCUUAAAAACUGUUUCAUAUUUAUAGAUAGCAAACAAUUAGUUAUAUGAAAUGUCACGUCCCGCGCCCCGCGCGAUCCGUAGCGCGAAAGUAAAAUUGGUAAUUUCUUUCAAAUCA